CUGAACUUAACCGAGCUCAAAGAACUGAGAAGAGAACCUUUUUAAAAAGAAUGGCUCACUCGGUAAUAAGAAAAUCUAUAAAACCAACGAACCCUAAUUUUCUGAGGGCACUCUCAGUUCACCAGAUUCGCCGGCGGUUGGCAUCUGUGGCGGCGGCGGACGAGGAGCAAUCGCCGUCAUCGUCAUCGUUCACUUUUUCGUCGGAGGGAGAGAAGGUGUACCUGAAGGCGCCGGCGGGGAGGUGGAAGUCGUCCUCGUCCUCGUCCUCGUCGUCGUCGUCGGUGACGAUGCCGAUGUCGUUCAUGACGGGUUCGAUCGUGGGAAAGCGAUUCUACAAAGAGGUGACCACUCGAGUAGCUGAUGACGGGAACGGUUGGACGGUUAUGCUUGAUUACAGAACCCUAAAGACACCUUCUAGGAGACCCCUCAAACUUCCUACAGUUUAUCUUGCCAAGGCAAUUGCUGCUGAAUGGGAAUAUCAACAAACGGAUGGCAUAAGACCCUUUACAAUGCCUCUUAUGAGACUUGCUUGCACUGCCUUGGAAAGAGUUCCACUCACAAGGACCAGAAUUAUUGACAAUUUGAUGAAGAAAUUUAAUCAAGAUUUAGUGUUUUGUCGUGCACCUGAUGACCAAGAGCUGACAAGCUAUGUACAUGAUUGCCAAGUGGAGAAAAUUGAUCCUCUGCUUCGCUGGGUGGAGUCAGAAUUUGGCUUUAAGCCUGUUGUAUACUCCAGCAUUUUUGGUGGAAAGCAGGAAGAUGGUCUUGUAAUGGCUGUAGAGAACCUUCUAAAGAAAGCAGAUGAUUGUGAAUUGGCAACAAUUGAUGCUAUUGCAGCAUCAGCACACUCGUUAAUUAUUGCUAUUGGAAUGGUGCGUGGGAAAUUGCUAAUUGAGGAAGCAAUUGAACUUAUUAGACUUGAAGAAGAUUUACAGGUGGACAGGUGGGGCCUUGUUGAAGGUGGCCAUGAUGUGGAUAUCGCUGAUCUGAAGGUGCAGAUUUCAUCAGCAAUUGUAUUUCUUGGUUUGUCCAGAAGCAUAUAGGUUUAUAACAUCCUGUCAUGUUUAAGCCACCAUCCUAAGAACUAGCUAUCAGGCUAGAAUAGGAAAUCAGUGUGUUGUAAUAUCCAGAACUUUAUUGAGGCAAUAUUCUUGGGUACGCAUAAUUUGUUUUGUAGAUGGGUUCUUAUCUGGUUACAGUUUUGUCAUAAGUUGAAACAAUAUAACAUGGCUUUGCAGGGCCUGAUUUCUCCUGGAAUAAGAGGUAAAAUUCUUUGUACAAGUGAUUUCUUUCUGUUCUAUAUGAAUUGGGAAACAAAGUUGUGGGUUGUGGAUUGGAAGAUGAU